CUGCUCCCCAGGUUUCCUUCGUUACGGCACCAACCGGCUGCCUGAACCCGGUUUCGAGUGAUCUAAUCGCGGACCACACCGACCUCUCAUCUCACUCACUCACCCUCUUGCCUCGCCGCGCGCUUCGUCUCUCCGCCCCACAGCUUCAUCGGAUUAGCCCGCCUCGUCUCCUUACGGCCUCGUCUCCUUAAGGAGCGGCCUCAUCCUCCCUUCGUUGCCCGUGUCACCGACCUGCCAUCUCCUCUCCGAGUUCAACAACGUUAUACCCUCGGUUCAUAAUAUCUGGUCUGCCCAGGGCCCUCCCCUCCAUCCCUCGCAUCAUCGUGUCGCGUGGCCAAUCUAUCGGCGCUCUAUCAAGGCCCUCAUGGAUCCCCGAGCCGACCGGAGUGUCGGUACACCAGCCGUCCAUGUCUGUCCUCAGUGCUCGAAAAGGUUCUCUCGACUCUGUGACCUGAACAAGCAUUCAAAGUCGCAUACCCGCCCACACAAAUGCCGUGAACCCUCAUGCAAAUAUAGCACCCUUGGUUGGCCUACAGCGAAAGAAUUGGAGCGACACCACAACGACAAGCACUCGGCUACCCCACGCACCUUUCGCUGUUGGUUCCAGCCGUGCUCCUACUCGUCCAAGAGAGAAUCCAACUGCAAGCAGCAUAUGGAGAAGGUUCAUAACUGGGAAUACGUCAAGAGCAAGUCGAGAGGCAGACGCUCGGCCGCUCAGCGCAAGGCCGCCGACGGUGCUCGAGCCUCAGAGAACUGCGCCGUGGCUGUCGACGCGGACCACAGCCGUCCGGCUCUUGCAACUUCGCACCGCCCUGCGACCGCGCCCACAACCGGUGGCGACUUUCUCCUCUUUGACGAUCAGGAAGAUGCCGUCGGCGAGGACGAUGACCCGCAUUGCCUGCAGUACGGCGGCACCGACAACGCCGAGUCAUAUCUGCCCUGGACGUCGCCAACGACUCGCUUGCGGGACAACGAAUUGCUCAUCGAGAGGUUCAGCCAGACUUACAACGGCGCGCAAGGGAACGCGAAUGCCAUCCCCAGCACCCUCGGCGCUGGCAUGGACCCUGUACUUCCCGACUUGGUCCUUCCUGGUGCUCGGUACUACCCGCAAGGAGAUGACGGAAAUGCGAACGCCGUCGCGAUCAAGGUCGAAUCCCCGGUCAAGUCCCUGGACACCGCUUCCCCCACGAAGAGAAAGUAUCAGCUUUUUAAAGACCGCUCACCACAACAGAACUCGACUCCUGCAUCGACACAAGCCAGGGAGCCGAACCGCGGCCGGGAAGCCGGAGCAGGUCAGGGUCCGUCGAUAUCAUUGGGAUACCGCCCCUCUGUUAAGCGCGGAGACGGCAGCGACGGAAACGGGUCUCGUCCGAAGAGGGCAAAGCUCGAUCCCGCCCGCGACUUCACCGAUACGACCAUGCCCGACAUUUUCCGCCAUGCCCACCCAGAUAUAUAUGACAGGAAUCGAUCCGACAAGUACUCACCAUGCCACACUGUCCAUCGAGAAAUCUCGACGCUCAUUCGGCAUUUGAGUAGACCGGCCCAUCGCCUCUCCGUGACCGGGCGGGCCAUAUCUUCCUUCGACAUCGAGGACCCGGACUUCAAACACCCAAGGGUGGGAGUCUGCCGAAACUGCUGGCAAACUUUUCAUGAACGCUCCGAUUUCGACAGCCACUUGUCCUCUCCCUGCCAGAGAGUAUCCAAGGGAAAGAAAGAAAAGUGGCGGGUGCUGUACGAGAGCUUCACCCCCUUAGCGGCCGGCCCGAACACGCAGACUGGUGGAGAACUGUGCGGCCGGCCGGCCGAACAUCCGAAUGACGCUCUCAGUCCCGCAGGCAUUGGCAACCAAGAGGCUGCCCGAACGCCUUCAACCUCAGUUCCGUCACCUGUCUCCCCCCAACUCGCGAAUCCUACACCCGUCGGCUCCGGAGUCGAACGGUUCGUUUCCGCGGACGAGCAUGAUAGGCUGCAAAGGGAGCAUGAAGCGUUGCGCGAGAGGCACCAGCAGCUCGAGCGGAUGGCGCAGGCCCUCCUGAUCAAGCAGCUCUUCCAGGAAAGCAUGAAUCUCACCACCGCAGCGGGACCCGCCGUCAAGCCGCCACUGCCAAUAGCCUCGUCCGAAAAGGACUGCCCCGCCACCUCGGCGGCAGCUUCUGACCGAGAUAAUCUUGUCCAGCACAUGAACUCGCACUCCACGGACGUCGACGUGCAUGCCUUCAUGGAGGAGAUGGAGGACGCCCGCCAAAGCCUCUCGAGGAUGAACUCGGGGCUGAGCACCGCCUCGCGCUCCACCAUCCACCGUGUCCCGCCGAGUCCGCCAUCCCGGCAUGCCGAUCUUCCGGGCUUUCCAAGCGGCGAUGGCGAGACGGGUCGACACGCCCCGCUGCCGUCCAUCCCCGACUCGGGUUACGGCACGGAAAACCGGCGCGGCAGCUUGGGCGAUCUCGCCGCCGCCGGCGCGGGGCAGCAGCCAGCGACGCCGGGGUCCCUGAUACCGCCGUGCACUGCCGAGUCGGCCGCCGGCGGGGACGGCAAUAAUAAGGACAAGGCGGGCGGCGAGGCCGUUUUGUGGGGCGAGAGUCCUCUCCAGCAGACCCCGAGAGGCUACAACGGCACGCUGUCCCCCCCUCACCAUGGCCAGCCGAGCUUCAUGACGGAGCACGACAUGGCCGACAUGGCCGACUACGCCGACGAUUUCUACAACAUUUUUUAUCAAGACAACAUGCUCCACUCGCGCUCGUCGCCGCCCGGUUUCACGUUUGAGAACCCCUCGCAGGUCGAGUAGCAGGCGGCGGCACCAUGGAUAGAUUUAAGAGGAGGACUAGAGAGAUUUGCGAGCCUCCAGCAGCAAUGGGCUCUUGCUUUCUUUCU